GGGAUGUGAACACAAAGCACCUGUUGCUGCUCUCCAGCCUCAACACACUAAAAGACUCGUCUACAUCUCUUUGGAGCAACUUGACUGACUGCUGCUUUUACACAUCAAACUAGGGAUGACGAUGACGAUGAUGGCUUCCUUCGUGUGCAAGACACUGACCUUAUUUAUCAUCUGCAUGGCUCUGCAAGAGGGUUGUGGACUCCCCUUAUCAGACCGGGCAGAGCCGCCAGCUCAGACUCCACAUCCACACCAUGUCAGGACCAAACGCUGCUCCUGCAACAGCUGGGAUGAUAAAGAAUGCAUCUACUUCUGCCACCUGGAUAUUAUCUGGGUCAACACGCCAAGCAAACUCCUUCCUUAUGGCCUUGGAAGUCCCCUGUCUCGUCGCCGCCGCCGUUCAGCUGAGCGUUGCGAAUGCCUCAACACAGCCGAUAAAACCUGUUCCGGAUUCUGCCACAAAAGCUUGGAGAAUCCAAGGACUGAUAAUGUCGUGGGUCCAUCGGUGGAAUCUGCGAGCACAAACGGCAACAAAUUGCUGGCAUCUUUCAGAUCUGUGGUCGAAUCCAACAUUGCGAUCGCUAAAGAGAAGAGGCUGAGAAUCAGAACAAGGAGGUAGAGACUGAAUGAAUGAACACCAUGAAGCGGUUCAAACAUCCAUGGAUUCAACCUCCAUGGGCCGGAGACUCGUCCAGCUAUACCUUCAAGAGUUGUCAAGAGUCUUACCAUCUCCGGGGACGUUGGUGGAGGUGGAAGAAUGGAAAGAUGGAAGGCAAAAAGAGGCAGCAGAUCAAUCGUUUGAUCAAGAAAACAGAGCUUCGGAGGCCUGGCAGCUCACCGAGACAGAAGCCCCGCAGCAGGAACAAUGCUGGGUGGAGACGUUUAGAGUCUCGAACUCUUUUUGAACUUUUUUGAACAACAAAUGCCAAGGAAGGAUCCAUUAAAUACGCCUUUUUUUAGGAACCACAUUCAAGAAAGUUUACAAUCAGCCACUGAUCUGUGGUUCUUAUAGCGGUCUUUUGACUCGUCUGAAUGGACAGUUUUAAAUCCAACAACUACACCGAGGAUUAUAGGAUCAUUACAUAUUCCAGAGUCAUAUCAACCCUGUAUGUAAUUGGGAAUUGUCUGUCAAUGUUUACUCUAAUGGUCUAAUGUCAUUGCUGGCCUUUGGUUCAGUUUAAUUUUCCUCUGUAUCAGAGCUGGAAUCUGCUGUCCUGUCUCGCGUUUAUAGGGCAAAUAAGCAAAUUGCUUUUAAUUAUCAGGCAGUACUUGAAAAUGGCAGCUUGUUCACUCUCGGCACACACGGCCUCAGUGAAAUGAAGGUCAACUCUUUGGGAUUUUAUCUCACAAACAAUUAACUUUAAGUCCAUUGUGAGCUCCUCUACACACACACACACACUCAACUUUCUGCAAGCAUAACAACAACAGUCUAUUGUGUUGGCUCGAGUGUUUAUUGCAUAGCUCCUUUUUAAUGAUUUGAUUGAAGCUAAGCCAGCAGGUUUCAAUGACGUGCAGCUUGCCAAAAAUGCAACAAUUGUUUUUCUCCCCUUAUUCACUUUAGUCCUCUGUAAGACAGGAAAUGUUCAUCCUCAAUGCUAUCUCAAUGCUGUAAACGAUGGAUGGUUUACCAGCUUAGAAGUUUACUGUUAAAUGCUGAAUUGUAUAUAGAACAAUUAAUUUAUUCUCUAACUUAUUCAGAGAUGUAUUUAUAUUUGUAUGAAUGAUGAUGCGCUGAAUUGUGUGUGAGAAAAUAAAAAAACAAAUGCAAGACAA